AGACGUUUUCGUACCAUUCAUUUGAACACAGAGUUCGCUCAUGCUAGUUGGUAAACCGGGAACGACUAGAUCUCCCGAGCUACGCGGUCUCGAGUCUCGACGUUUGGUUCUCCUUGCUUUUCACAGCUAACUUUCUGCCAAAUUUUUGGGGGUAGCUUCACAGUCAAGAUGCUUCGUCAAGCGGUAGUUAUGGUGCCUGCGCACUCACAGCAAGUGCAACAGCGAGGUAUGGCAACUUUGAAGUCCAUCUCUCUCCGUCUCAAGUCUGUGAAAAAUAUCCAGAAGAUCACACAGUCCAUGAAGAUGGUAUCCGCUGCCAAAUAUAAUCGAGCUGAGAGAGAUUUAAAGCAGGCCCGCCCUCUUGGCGAAGGAACCAAAGCAUUCUAUGAAAAAGCAGAAAUUGCAGCACCCGAGGGAGUUCCCAGCAAACUAGUAGUCGCCAUUACUUCCGAUCGAGGACUCUGUGGAGCUUGCCACACUGGUGUGGCUCGUAACAUUAGGGAUCACCUUCUGGCAAACCCAAGCGAUAAGCAAAAUACAAAGAUCAUCUGCGUUGGUGAAAAAUCUCGUGCGGUUUUAUCCAGAAUUUUUUCUGACAACAUUCUGUUUGUUGCCUCUGAAGUGGGUCGCCUACCACCCACUUUUACUGAUGCUGCCAAAAUAGCAGCUGAAAUAUUGAAUAGCGGUUACUCAUUUGCAUCUGGACGCAUUGUCUAUAAUAAGUUUAAGUCUGUAGUAUCAUACGGUGUUGCAGACUUGCCACUAUUCGAUCAGAACUCUGUAGCUACUGCACCUAAAUUAUCGAUUUAUGAUUCAUUAGAUGAAUCUGUUAUUCAGAGCUAUCUGGAAUUUUCCCUGGCUUCUCUACUCUUCUACAGUAUGAAAGAAGGAGCUUGCAGUGAACAGUCAUCUAGAAUGACUGCUAUGGAUAACGCAAGCAAGAAUGCCGGUGAAAUGAUUGAAAAACUUACUUUAACGUUCAACCGUACUCGCCAAGCUGUUAUCACUAGAGAACUUAUUGAAAUUAUCUCUGGGGCUGCUGCACUGGAUUAAAUAUUCAAAAAUAGAAAAUAUAGAAGUCAGAUAGAGUCAAUGUCCGUCUGCACAGCUGCGUACAAGGGAAAAACAAAUUCAUUUGAUUCCUCUUCUGUAAAUGACGGGCAAAAAAUCCAACGUAUAUGCAGUUUCAUGUAAUAUUGCUUCUGUGAUUGAAGUCCGUGCUGUAAUAAAUUUCACCACUCACCGUAAAAAA